AUGGGCGAAGACGCCCAACCAGAGGAGAUGGCAUUUAGGAGCUCCCCGAGGGCCAGUGAGCCCAAACCUGAGGUCAAUCAGAAUGGGAGCUCUAAGGGGAGGAGAGGGAUCCCCCAGAAUCUGCCCGUAGAGCCUCACUUUGCAUGUAAAGAGUGUGGGGAUGCGUUUAGGCUCAAGGUCCUCCUUGUGCAGCACCAGAGAAUUCACAGUGAGGAGAAGGGCUGGGAGUGUGGAGAUUGUGGGCAGGUCUUCAGGGGGGUCUUUGAGUUCAAUGAGCACCGGAAGAGCCACGUGGCUGUAGAGCCCCGGCCCGGCCCAAGCCAGGCCCUGGAUGAUGCCACCGAGAAGAGGGAGCAAAUGGAGGAGGAGGCAAAGCCCUUCGAGUGUGAGGAGUGUGGGAAGAGGUUUAAGAAGAAUGCAGGCCUUAGUCAACAUCUGCGCGUGCACAGCAGAGAGAAGCCCUUCGACUGCGAGGAGUGUGGGCGGUCCUUCAAAGUGGACACCCACUUCUUUCGCCAUCAGAGGCUGCAUAUUUCGGAAAAGCCCUUUGCCUGCAAGGUCUGUAGCCGGGAUUUCCUGGAUCGCCAGGAGCUUCUCAAGCACCAGCGAGUGCACAGCGGCCAACUGCCCUUUGACUGUGACGACUGCGGCAAGUCCUUCCGAGCAGUCAAUGGCCUGGCCGAGCACCAGCGCAUCCACAGCGGUGCGAAGCCCUAUGGCUGUGCCCACUGCGGCAAGCUGUUCCGGAGGAGCUCGGAGCUCACCAAGCAUCGUCGGAUUCACACGGGCGAGAAGCCAUACGAGUGCGGCCAGUGCGGGAAGGCCUUCCGGCAGAGCUCCAGCCUCCUGGAGCACCAGCGCAUUCACACGGGCGAGCGGCCCUACGCGUGUGGCGACUGCGGCAAGGCCUUCCGGGGGCCCUCUGACCUGAUCAAACACCGGCGGAUCCACAGUGGACUGAAGCCCUAUGAGUGUGACAAGUGCGGGAAGGCCUUCCGAAGAAGCUCGGGCCUGAGUCGCCAUCGGAGAACCCAUACUGGAGCCAGAUGCUGUGAGUGCAGUGAGUGUGGCCGUGUGUUCAAGAGGUGGUCUUCGCUGCUGAAGCAUCAGCCAACCCAUCAUGAGUAG